AUGGCAAAGGGCUCCAAGAAGAAGCAGCGGGUGAGGACCAAGACCAAGAAGACCAAGAAGACCAAGAAGACCAAGACCAAGAAGACCAGCAAGGCGGCAAAGGACGCCAGUGGCAGUGGCAGUGGCAGUGGCAGUGGCAGUGGCAGUGGCAAGGGCAAGGGCAAGGGCAAGGGCAAGGGCAAGGGCAAGGGCAAGGACGGCUGGAGCGGGAAGCGCAAGGUCAAGGUCCGGAAGAACAAGGGCAAGGGCAAGGGCAAGGGCAAGGACAACGUCGACGAUGAUGUUUCCUUUGGAUCGGUCGAUGGCAGUGAUGACGGGUCAAAGGGCAAGCGCAAGGGAAAGAAGCUUGGCCACGAUCACACCGCCAAGGUCCGCCUUGCGGAGCACCCGGUCGACUCGUCGUACACGUACUCGUACACUGACAUUGAUUCGGAAGAGAUGCGACUGCGUGUGGCGCGGGAGAAGGGCUCGUCGAGCUCUUCGUCGAGCUCUUCGUCGUCGUCUUCGUACUCGACGUCGUCGUACUCGUACUCGACGUCGUCGUACGAGGUGCUGCUGCGGCCGCACAAGCGCAAGCGCUACCGCGUGCUUUACAACACGUACACGUACUCGGGCUACGACGAGCUGCCGGCGCCAUCGAUGGUUCCUGUGGUGAUCGAAGAGCCCGAGCCCGAGAUCCGCAAGGUCCACAAGAAGCACUACCGCCGGCGGCGGGUGCUUGUCAAGCGCCCGUCGCGGUCGAGGCGGUCAGCGGUCAUGCUCGGCGGUUCGGUGGUGCCGGCGUAUGAUUACGACGACCCGCGCGUCGCCCAGAUUCAUGACAUGGAGGCCAAGUAUGCCGAGAUGGAUCACAAGCUCCACCACCUGCGCUCCAAGUCGCACCGCAAGUCGCGCAAGUACAUUCACACUCUCGACGACGUCGACACCCGCAUCAUCAAGUCUAACGCCUAUGCGCGUGCCGAGCGUGCCGAUGGCACGGACGCGUCGGCCGGCUCUCCCGGCAACUCAGCCGACAGCGCCGCCGACGCCAAGAAGGGCAAGGGCAAGGGCAAGGGCAAGGGCAAGGGCAAGGGCAAGGGCAAGGCGAAGAAGGCCAAGGGCAAGGCCAAGAAGGUCAAGAAGGUCAAGAAGACCAAAAAGACCAAAAAGGCCAAGAAGACCAAGAAGGGCAAAAAGGUCAAGAAGACCACAACGACCGCGACCACGACCAAGACCAGGCGGCGGAAGAGCAAGAAGGCCGAGAGCGGAGACGGCGACGUGCCCGACAAGAGCUCGGUUAAGAGGAAGCGGAAGCGGACGAAGAAGAAGAAGUCGGCGUAG